CUCCACCCACCUCCCAUCCUUAACAACCACCACCCCAUACAACAAUGAAUCUCCUCUCCCUCCUAGGAGCCCUCACGCUCCUCAUAACCUCCAUCCACGCCGACUCCCUCCCCUCAACAACAGAAAUCCUCUACUGGCCCCUCGGCUCCACCAAACCCUCCAUCCUCGCCCGCGUCGCCUACGAUCCGACCUCCCUAAAAUCCAACAUCCUAACUUACAACCCACCCAAACCCGACAGUCACGCCGACGGUGAUCUCGUUCGUCUGGGCCUCUACACCACAACCCCAACCAACCCCAAACAAUGGACCGGAAGUCUUGUCUCGCUUUCGUCGCUGACGGGCGGCGCGCCCACGCUGCGCUUGCAUCUGGGUCCCGAUCCGGAGAGUGAAGUUUAUCAUGUGUCUGUGGCGGCGUUUGAGCCUCUCGCGCAGAAGGGUAGUGAGCCCGCUGUGGAAUUGGUGGUUAGUGAGGCUGGGGCGCAGCCGCAUUUGAAUCGGCCCGUUGUUGUGAGAGCUGAUGGGCAGAGUGUGGAGGAGGUGCCGGAGAAGACUUUGAUUCAGAAGUACUGGUGGGUGCUUUUGGUCGUGAUGUUCUUGACCAUGUCUGGUGGUGGUGGUGGUGGAGAGGGACAAUAGACCGUAUUAUAGUCUACGAUUAAUCAAUGAUCCAUUUCAUCUGCGAUACAA